AUGGUGGGAGGUCAGCCUGUCUCCCUGUCCUGCUGGGAAAAGAAAGGUCCCAGAAGGGAGACGCAGGCUGUAUCCCCGAGGACCGAUCUUGACCAUUCAGAGGCUCCUUUUACACUUGAAGAAAACAAAGCCGAAAUUGCAGUCGUCCACGUGAUGGAGUACCCAGCAAUGGAAACUAGUUCACUUUUUACCCCAGGAAUUAAGAAACAUGUGAAAGAUGGAAGAAUUUCAAAGACUACUAAGUUGAAUGUUUCUCUUGCUUCAAAAAUAAAAACAAAAAUAAUAAACAAUUCUUCUAUUUUCAAAAUUUCUUUAAAGCAUAACAACAGGGCAUUAGCUCAGGCUCUUAGUAGAGAGAGAGAGAAUUCUCGAAGAAUUACAACUGAAAAGAUGCUGUUGCAAAAAGAAGUGGAUAAACUGAAUUUUGAGAACACAUUUCUUCGUCUAAAGCUAAAUAAUUUGAAUAAGAAGCUUAUAGAAAUAGAAGCACUCAUGAACAAUAACUUGAUAACUGCAAUUGAAAUGAGCACUCUUUCUGAGUUCCAUCAGAGUCCCUUUCUACCGCCAAGUAGCAAGAAGAAACGGGUUAGUAAACAGUGCAAAUUGACACGUCUUCCCUUUGCAAGGGUUCCAUUAACUUCAAAUGAUGAUGAUGAAGAAAAAGAGAAAAUACAGUGUGAUGACAGCACCAUAUCAAAGACAUCAUCUGAUAGUCCCUCUUUGGUAUCAGCAAGACCAGUAUCAACUCAGAAUACUUUGAGAUUGCUAUUCGUUAAAGAAAAUGAUCAGAAUGUUUGUAGUGUAAAUGAUUCAGAACAUGUUUCUUCUAUUGUUGAUAUACUUCCCAAAGAAAACCAUUCCCACUCAGACCAAAGUUCUAGGAGCUCUCUAACAAGUGAGAAGAAAAAUGCCCAGGCGAUCAGCCACAAAAAAGAGAAGUCAUCUCCUAAUAAUGUGACUAAAAGGAAAAAACGUGUUUCAUCUUGGGAGUCAGAUAAUCCUGCAGAUACUCCCUGUGUAACAGAUUUAGAUCAACAACAGGUUUCAAGUCCAAUAUUAAAUUGGAAUAAUGAGAUAAAGGAUUAUACUAAUGAAACAAAUACUACAAUGCAGAGAAACAUAUUGUACCUUCCUGCCUCAUCUGAGUCUGCAAGUGAACCUCUUACAAAAGGCAUGAAUCCACUUCAGGGUAAUGAUGACUUUCAGUUGCAGAAAACUGUGUAUGAUGAUGACAUGGAUUUAACUGCUAGUGAAGUCAGCAAAAUUGUUACAGUUUCAACAGGCACUAAGAAGAAAAGAAAGAAAAAUCCAGAUGAUUGUGGAAUGAAAACUUUCAGAAAAGUGAAAGAUCCAAGCUCUGAAAAAAAGAGAGAAAGAUCAAAGAGACAAUGUAAAAAUAGUUCAGGUGCAAAUAUUGAGGAAAAAAUUGAAAGUGGACCAGAAAGAAGAUCUGUUGACCUGGAUGGUGAAGGGGAUUCAAGAGAUCCAAACUUUAUCUUCAGUAAUGAACAGAUGACUCAGUUGAACACGCUGAAGAAAAUAACCCUUCCUAAUGGCUUUGAUCAGGGUGACAAGCAAAGUAUGCAGUGUAACAAAAAGAAGAAAAGAAUUCAUGUAACAGAGGAGCAAGAGGAAGCAUACUCUUUCUCCCAAAGUUCAGAUAAAUUCCCACAGGAUGGUAAAUUUGAUUUGGGUCCAAGUUCUCUAGCUUGUAAGAACAGUAAAGCUUCUAGACAGACAUUUGUGAUUCAUAAGUUAGAAAAAGAUAACUUAUUCUCAAACCAAAAGGUUCAAGAAACCACCUCUGAAAACCUAGGUGUCACAAAUGAAUUUCAAACAGCUUAUCUUUCCAACAAAGGUAAUGCAAAGUUAUGUGAUGAUGAGACCCAAAAUAUGUUUGAUUUGAAAAAGCAUGUCACUGAUACGCAACCCACUCAGCAAAAUGAGUCAAAAAUAAAUAAGAAGGUUUGGCAGAAGAUAAAUCGGAAAACAGAAAUAAUUUCUAAAAUGAACCAAAUACUUGGGAAUGAUACUAAAGAUGUGCAAGGCCCAGAAAAAGGUAACUUUUCCUUCCAAACCCGAGAGGAUAAAGAAACCAUCUCUAGAAACCUGGAUGUUUCAAAUGAGUUUCAGAAAUCUGUUCUUUCCACUGUCAGUAAUGGAAACCUGUGUGAUUGUGAAACCCAGAAUGUGUUGGGUUUGCAAAAGAAAAUCACCGACACAUACCCUCUGCAGCAAAAUGAAUCAAGAAUGAAUAAGACUCUUAGGCAGAAAGUAAAUCGGAAGACAGAAAUAAUUUCCACAGUGAAUCAUUUAGAUAACACAAGUGAGUACUGCCCAGAAAAGGGUAAAGAAAUCAUCCCUGAAAACCUAGUGGACACACAUGAGUUUCAAACACUCACUCUUUCUUCCAAAGACGGUAGAGACCUAUAUGAUUGUGACACUCAGAAUGUUUUGGGGGUGAAAAUGUAUGUUCACAAUAUACAACCUGCUUGUCAGAAUGAAUCAAAAAUAGAUAAGCUUAGGCAAAAGGUGUGUCGGAAGACAGAAAUCAUUUCUGAAGUCAACCAAAUAUAUAAGAGUGAUGACAAAGGCAGGCUUGACCCAGAAAAAGGUAACUUACUUUCUCUAAUCCAAAAAGAUGAGGAAAUCAUCCCUGAAAACCUGGAAGACACCAAUGAGUUUCAGAUAGUUGACCCUCCCUCCGGAGUUAAUAGGAACCUAUGUGAUUAUGAGACUCAAAACCUUUUAGGGGUGAAAAAGCGUGUUACUGAUACUGGGAAGCAAAAGGAAUCAAAAAUAAAUAAGAAACUCAGGCAGAAAGUAAGUCGGAAGACAGAAAUAAUUUUGGAAAUGAACAGAAAAAAUGAGUUUAACAAUAAAGGUAUAUGUGACCCAGAAAAAGGUGACUUCUCCCUAACCCCAAAUAAUGAAGAAACCAUUUCUGAAAACCUAAAAGUCACACAUGAAUUUCAGACAAUUUAUCUUUCCACCAAAGAUGAUGGACAUUUAUAUGAUUAUAAGACCCAGAAUAUGUUGGAUUUGACAGAGCAUGUCACUGAUAAGCAACCUACUCAGCAGAAUGAAUCAAAAAUAAAUAAGAACCUUAAGCAGAAGCAGAAAGUAAAUCGGAAGACAGAAAUAAUUUCUGAAAUGUGCCAGAUAUAUGAAGAUAAUGGUAAAGAUGUGCAUGGCCAAGAAAGCUAUAUGAAAAAUCUUGAUUUUAAAAUAAAUAAACAAAGACCUGAAGGCCAAGCAGUUAUCAGUGGAUACUGUAUGGAAAUCAACAGUGAUGAGAAAGAAAAUUAUGAUGAAAUUUCAAAUCCUUAUAAACCAAUUAAAAAGCAUGGGAAAGAAUCAGACAAGGCAAAGAACAUUUUGGCAAAAAGUGACAACAUGCCUGUUUUGCAGUUGACAGGUUCUUCACAGAUGUCUGUCUUAGAACCAGGUUUAAAACAUAUUACUGAUGAGGCAGAUUCUGACACUGGAGACCACGUGGAACCACAUAGGAGCCCGAGGCUAAGUACUAAAACUCUGAAUAGAAAGAGAGAGAUCCACGUUGUGGAGGUGAUGAAGGAAGGAGAGUGCCAGGUCAAAAAAGUAAAUAAGAUGACAUCCAAAUCAAAGAAAAGGAAGACCUUCGAAGAUGCUUCUCUGGAUAGGCAUGAACUAAUGGAGGUGACAUCUGACACCACUCAGGAAAUGUCAGUUGAACCUGAGUACACUGUUAAGGGGAAAAAGUUGGAAAAUGUGGAAACUGUCAAAGUUAAACCAGACUUUUACACAAAAAUGUUGAUAUCUUUAUCUCAAAUGUAUUCACCUAGCAGACAGGAUUCUUCCCUUAACAGUGUUCUUGAGGGUUCAGUACCUUUGAGUAUUUCUUCUAAUAAAAAUCUGAAAGGAAAUUUUGCCCCAGAGAGCUCGCCCAUCUUUCAAGUAAGUGAUAAGGUACAUGAGAAGAUGAAAGACAUGAAAUUUGAAGUCGACCAGAGAACACAAAGAUCAGAAAUAGGUGUUAGAAUGCUACAAGACUUGACAAAUACCAGUUUUGUUUCAAAUACCGCUGCUAAAUUUGAAAACAGGGUAGAUCAUCUAUCUUCAGAGCUGCCAAGCCGAAGAAGAAGGUGUACUCCUCUCUGUUUAAAGGAGCCAAGUCUCAAAGGGAAGAUGAGAAGAUGA